AUGACUACUAAUCACAUAGUUAUUAUCCUCGCGUCGUUCAUGAUCUUCUUCCUCGUCGUUCCCGCUCUUCCGGCCGAUGCUGAAAGCCGAGGCUUCCGCGGCACCAUGAUCCGCCGUGCCCGCACUGAUACCACCGCCAUCAACUUCACGCAGGCCGCUCAAGAGUCUCACCGUCGGCUGUCAUUCCUCGCCGCCCGGUCCCAAGUCGACAAGCAGUCCUCGGCGAGCCACUUGGACAGUAAUAGUAACACAGAGACAGAGCUGACAGCCCUCGCCGACACCGGCAGCGACCUGAUCUGGACCAAGUGCGGCGCCGGCGCCGCGUGGGGCUCCUCCUCCCCUUCGUACCACCCCGACAAGUCGUCCUCGUUCACCAAGCUCCCGUGCUCGCACCGUCUGUGCACCGCCCUGCGGUCUGUCGCACGGUGUGCCGCCGGCGGCGCCGAGUGCGACUACACGUACUCUUACGGCCUUGGCGGCGGCGGCGACCGUCCCCAGUACACGCCGGGGUUCCUCGGGAGCGAGACCUUCACUCUCGGCGGCGAAGCGGUGCCGGGCGUCGGCUUCGGCUGCACCACCGCGUCGGAGGGCAACUACGGCACCGGCUCCGGCCUCGUCGGGCUCGGCCGCGGGCCCCUGUCCCUCGUCUCCCAGCUCCACGUCGGCACCUUCAUGUACUGCCUCACCCGUGACGCCUCCAAGGCCAGCCCUCUGCUGUUCGGCUCACUAGCCACCAUGACAGGCGCCGGCGUGCAGUCCACCGGCCUCCUCGGGUCCACCAUCUUCUACGCCGUGAACCUGCGUAGCAUAACGAUCGGCUCGGCGACGACGGCCGGCGUUGGCGGACCCAAUGGCGUCGUGUUCGACUCCGGCACGACGCUGACGUAUCUUGCUGAGCCGGCGUACACGGAGGCGAAGGCGGCGUUCCUGUCGCAGACGAACCUUACCCAGGUAGAGGAUUGGGACGGAUUCGAGGCGUGCUACCGGAAACCUAGCAAUGGCAGGCUGCUCUCGAGUGCUGUCCCGGCGAUGGUGCUGCAUUUCGACGGCGGCGCUGACAUGGCCUUGCCGGUGGCAAACUACGUCAUGGAAAAACCAUUUUCCAUGCAGUCCAUCACUACCGGUUUCCAGCGAACUGACCAUGAUGCAUUUUCACUGCUGAUUCUGAAGUGGGUGAGCCUAGUGGAUGCCCGACUCGACCGUGAAAAUGUGUAUCACAGCCGGUUGUCUUACGUUUUGAGAUGGUUCAUGGAGAUGUUCUUCCUUCAUUUUAGACCAUUUUUCACCAAUUCAAUCUAUCAUGGAGGAGUCUGUCUAGCUUGUUUGGUUGCCUAG